AUGCAAGCGAAUAAAAGUUAUCCUGGUUUCCUGGCUUGCAUCUGUAAACCGACUGUUCACCUCCCGCCAUAUGCGAGUCAAGAAGCCGUGGAAAGAUUCACGAAAGAUGAACUGCGACUUGCCAAUCGACAUGGAACCCAAGGCGAGACAGGCACUCUAAGAGCUCAGAUUGUUACCGGAGAAUGGCGGCGAUACGGAUCUGAGGGGCUACUAUGCAGCCAAUUGACUGCACUGCAAAUGAACAUGGAUUUCGACUAUCCAUUACUGAGGUUUGAGACAACACAAAUUAUGCAAGGCUCUUUUAUCCAUUCGAUGCCAGUUUCCUUCUGUAUGACAGAUGGACAACCACGGGCGUAUGAGAACGAGGGGCCAAGUGCUCGGAAAACGAGCCAAGAGGCUCCGAGCCCUCAAAUCACUCGUAAACUUCGAAGAUUCGUGAUUUCCUUAUCGAAGCUAACUCAAGCGAAAUUUUCCAAGCCUAUCACGUCUUGGGUGCAAAUUCCAGCGAAGAAUAUAUUCACCACCGCCUUCGACGAUAGUGCAAACAAUCGAAACAACACGUUUCAAGACAAAGAGUUCCAUGACUACGAGCACGACGAUGCUUACAAGGGUGUGCUCACUGCCAUGGGAUUGAACGAAGUCCUCGCCAAAAUGUAUUCAAACAAAAAGUAUAACAAAUUGGUGUUUUAUAUGGAUGCUUGUUACUCUGGCUCUAUGUUCCACGAUAUUCUUCCUUCAUAUGUGGGAGAUCACCUGAGUGAAUGUCGGGGGCUGCAGACUACUUUUGUCAUUAUUCCAAACCGGAAAGAACGGAAAAAGCGUACCCUGGAUCAACAGGAGGAGAAGGUGAAAAGGAGGACAGAAAAUAUUCACGUGAUGAAGAAUGGUGAGAUGGUCCCAGGGGUAGCUGAGCACACAACUCAUCUAAUGGAGAUGUGCAAAGCCGGAUACGAGGCCGAAACCCUCAUCGAGUCUGUCCACAGCGUCUGCUCCUAA